CUUCUUUCCAGAUUAUCUAUCACCUUGUGAAACAUUCUGAUCCACAGAUCACAAGAAGAAGAAGAAGAAGACGAUGAAGCUGAAAGUGUAUUCUGAUCGUAUGUCACAGCCAUCUCGUGCUGUAAUCAUAUUCUGCAAGUAAUUCUUCAUCAUUCCUGUUUAAUUAUGGAGAUUCACUUCUUCUAUUUUUCAAUAAUCUUAUACUUUGAUGCUUUUUUUUUGUUUGGAUUAUACUUUGAAUUAAGGGUUAAUGGAAUUGAAUUCGAUGAAGUUUUGAUUAACUUGGCGAAGCGUCAACAUUUGUCCCCUGAAUUCAAAGAGAUUAACCCAUUGGGAAAGGUUCCAACAAUUGUUGACGGAAGAUUUAAGCUUUUUGAGAGUCACGCCAUCUUGAUUUAUUUUGCCUCUGCAUUCCCAAGUAUAGCUGAUCAUUGGUACCCGAACGAUCUUUCCAAGAGAGCCAAGAUUCACUCUGUCUUGGACUGGCAUCACACAAAUUUACGCCCUGGUGCAGCUGGAUAUGUACUGAAUACUGUUCUAGCUCCAGCUCUUGGCCGUUCUCUGGAUUCGGAAGCAGCUGCCGAAUCUGAAAAGAUACUAACCAAGUCUCUGUUCAGUCUAGAGACUAUUUGGCUUAAGGGAAACGCUAAAUUCUUGCUCGGAAGCUACCAACCAUCCAUAGCUGAUCUUAGCCUUGUAUGCGAGCUUAUGCAGCUCCAGGUUUUGGAUGAGAAAGAUCGUCUUAGGUUGUUUAGUCCUUACAAGAAAGUUGAUGAAUGGAUUGAGAAUACGAGAAAAGCGACACAGCCUCACUUUGAUGUGGUUCAUAAAAUCCUUUACGGAGCCAAAGACAAAUUUGACAAGCAGCGGAAGAUGGGAGCAACCAUAUCUAAACCGGGUUUUCAAUCUAAGAUGUAAGAAAAAAAACUUGUAUUGGUGACGGUUUGUGCAAAACCGGUUUAAGGGGUCAAUGUAAUAACUCGGUUCAACAUUGACAUUGUAAUCGAACCAAAGGAUGUUAUAAUAAUCACUUUCUCAGGGC